AUGGAUCUAACUUAUGUAAUAUUAUUUUAUUUUUUCGUGUCAUUGGAAGCUAUCACUGUUAGUCCACUGUGUCCAACUAAUAAGAUAGCGCCUCGACGAAGAACUGUGACAUGGGAUAGAAGUGAAAGUCGGACGUUUGGCGCGUUCUAUGACUUACUUACUCCUGGCAGUCCACAGAGUAACUCACAGUUAAAUGAUUUGCAAGAAAAGCCCCAGGAAGAUGAAUCUGACAAUGAAUGUGGUGAGAUUGAAGAUUACGACGAAAAUGAUCUUAGUUCAAUUACAAAUCAAUCUCAAAGGAGACAAGGAUCGUCUAUCAAGAGUAAUUUCUUCGACAAAUUUUUUAAUAGGCCACCUUACUACGGACCGAAUAAUAGGCCUCCCUCAAUAUUUCAACCCCUAAGACCAAACGCACCAUCACGACCGCCAUUUUGGAGCGGAGGAACCUUCGGCAAUAAUAACUACCGUCCGCCAUUAGCACAGAAACCGUCAGAUUACGUGAAGCCCGUGCAUGAAAAUAGUCAACAAGAGUCUCCGGUUUAUAGCCCGGAUGUAGUUGGUGGUGUUCUUGGAAAUAUUGUGGGGUUCACGCCUGUGAGACCCACCAAAAGGCCUGAUAGUGGAGAUGUCCGUCGGAGGCCGAAAUAUUACACAAGUUACACGACGUUUCCUCCAACGACUGUACACCAAUAUAUCAACGAACCACCAAGUCGUGAACUUCCAAGACCCAGAAGGCUAAAUACAAAUAGUAUAUUUGGUUCAUUUAUUGAUUUGUUGUUUAAAAAAUAAAGUUUUACUAAUUAAUUUAUUUUUAUUACA